AAAUGCAGCACGAGGAAAGCAUUUUUUUAUAAUAAUGAAACUAAUGAAAAAUUUGUAUAUAUUCUGUCUUUAAGCUGAGCUGUAAACUUUAAGAGAUUACUCUCCACAUGUUUCUUCCGAUAUGUUCUUUUAUCGUGUAAGUAAUGGAUAGUGCAUAAGGUCCCACUAUUUCAGUAUUUAGUGAAAUUUGCUCUUAGUGUGCUUUUACUGUAGUUCUAAAAUUGACUGAUUAUGAUCACCGAGAGCCUAGAGUGGCAUUUGUCAUCUGGGUACAGAAGUCCAUUGUGCACAAGUGAUCACUGAGACACAAAUAAUUUUGGUUUUCAGCUAUUUUCAUGCUGUGUUUUAUAUGUAAUAGGCAAAGGAAAUGUGCUGUGAGUACAGAGUAAUAUAACAGUAAAAUGCCCAGCCAGGUUGUUUUGUGGGCAGCAGAAAAAUGACAGGAGAGCAGGAAUUUUUUUUUUGCAAUCUGCAGGCAGUACAGGAAAUAUAGAUCAAGAUUUAGAUGUAUUAGAAAUGUGAAAACUUGUCUUAAAUACAAGAGGUUACUGAUGAAAUUUACUCCAAGUGGGAUUUAGCUUAAACAGAACAGCAAAAGGCCUUACUUAUGUGAAUAGGUCCUUCUUGUGAGAGAAGUGAUACCACACUGAUUUUUGUUUUUUUAAAUUAUUUUCUUGAUGGGAGCUUCUUUCAUGUCAGUUGAACUACAAAAAGGUGAACUAUAGACUGGAUAACUAGGAAUAGGUGAAUACCAUGACAACAAAGCCCAAUAAUAAAAGUUUGACAGUUAAGAAAAAUGUUCACAUGCAGGCUUUAAGGUUUUGACCAUGGAAGUAUGGAAGAUUUUCAGUUCUUCUUCCACUUAGUUUAAGACAUGGAAGCUAAGUACCUCUGUGGAGAGAAGAACUGUCUACACUGGUGAGUUACAUGGACUCAUGGGAACAUAGGAACAUAUACAGAGGAGCAUUUGGUGCCCCGUUCAUCUGUUUUAUAGCUAUUAUUUUAAUUGCCUAAUUCCCUGUCUACCUUUGUAAGUAAUGACAUCUCUUUUCUCUGCAGCAAAGUUAUAAAGGUAUAGCAAAAAAGCUAUUACUGAAAUUGGUGAAGAGUAUGAAUUUUCUAGAGAAUUAUUUAUCUGCUGAUCUGCAUCAUGUUCUUGUCACUACUGGCAACAUAUCCUUGUGGUUCUCAAGUGAACUGCAUUACUUUUCUUCAUUAAUUGGUGUCCUGCAGCUAUGAAAACAAGAACUUUCUAAAUUUUGCCUGAAAGUUUUUAAUCAGUAUUUACUAUAUGAAAAUGCAGGAUAUGGUGCAACAUUUAAAAGACAGCUUUGGAUUAAUUUAGAACAAGAAAGAGGAAUUCUAGAGGGUAGGUACAAUCCUGUUGUGCUGCCAGAUUUAGGGAUCAGUGGUAACUCCGUCUCCAAUGCAUUUAUUUGGAAUGAUUAUGUAAGUCUGCUUUGAGAGUACAUCCAAAAAACACUGUGGUAUCUUUCGUGACCAUUUCAUUUGGAGCUGGACUAAGAGCAGUGAUCUCUUAUGCCCCAGUGCAUCAGUCAGUAGGUUAUGAUGACUUAAUUGCUGAUUUGAAAAAGUUUUGCAGAUGUGAACAGUUGUGUUCUUUCAACUGAUUUUUUUUUUUUUUAGAAACACUAUUCCUAAUUGUCAUGUCAGUCACUCACUCUUGGGAGUCCGGCUCUGAAAUGUAAUUUAGAAUAAUUUUUUUACAUGAUUUUGCCCAGAAAAUCUGCAACAUGGCUGUUGGAAACUUAAGAAGCUUCUCGUAACUUGAUGUUAAGAUUGUUUUUCUUUGGAGAGCACUACUCAUAAUUUAAAUAUAAAUAUAUAAACUGCAAAGCUGUUUGCAGCAAUAACAACUGUGAUAUGUGGUGUUUCCUGGGAAUUCACUACCAGUUGCAAAGCAGCUUCAUUUUACUGUGACCAUCAGACCUUCACAGCAGCUCGAAUCCAUCUCCGACCAAGACAGGAUAAGAUGUACUCUGCAUGCAAAAGAGACCAGAUGCUCACAGAAACAUUGAGCUUAUACACAGCUGGAAAAUCGUAUUAAACUGGCCUGAGCAAUCAUGUUCCUUUACUCAUCCUACAUGCUCACAGCUGCUUUGCUAGUGACUUGCCAUGCACUGCAUCCUGGAAAUAAUGAGAUAUCUGGUAUCCUGAGACUACCUGGAAGAGUUGGUCAGGAAGUACAAUCACAUCUACUAGGUCUUGUAAGACCUCCUGGAAGAGAUCGUCGUCCUUGGCUGCCAGGUCUUCCUGAUUUUCUGAACACUGAACUGCACAAGAUUUUAGUACAUUUGAAAAACCGACUUUGCAGACUUGAACGGGUGCUUGUUUUUAGAGGGAAAAUAAGUAAAGCGGGAGAGAAAAUAUUUGCCAGCAAUGGGAAGCAAGUUGAUUUUGCAGCUGCACUAGGAUCCUGUGAAGAGGCUGGAGGAACUCUUGCAACUCCCAGAAAUGAGGCAGAGAAUAAAGCCAUUUUAGAUAUUGUGAAACAGUAUAAACGAUAUGCUUACUUGGGCAUUAAAGAGGGUGAGACUUCAGGUCGAUUCAAGUAUAUAAAUGGGAUGCCUCUGAACUACACCAAGUGGCACCGAUAUGAGCCUAAUGGCAGAGGGAGCGAAAAAUGUGUAGAGAUGUACCUGGAUGGGAGCUGGAAUGACAAAAGAUGCCACAUGGAUCGCCUCACAGUUUGUGAAUUUUAAAAAAUGGCCUUUCUGCCACCACAGGGUAUGGAGACAAUGAAAUCUGCUGCAUCCUAGGUUUAUGCAAUUUCUGCAACUAUUCUAUGUCAGAAAAUCUAAAAUUAAUCAUAUUACGGUAUUUUUUUGUCCUUAAGAAAAUGCCAAAUGUGAUAGGUGAUUAACUUAAUUAAAAUGUGCCUAAUCUGA